CAUAACUACACUCUUCGCUUCUAACAUGCCCAAAAACACAUGACAAAUUACCCAUAAUAAAUGCAAAACACAAAAUACAAUACAGACAGACCAGAAGAUAGAUACAUGGCUCCUACAGAGCUGGACAAAGAGAAAUUUAUCAUAGCUAAAAAAAACAAAGCAAAUUACGUAUAUGCCGAAUCAAAAGUCAAAGACUACCAGAUGGUAUUCAGAUUAACCAAUCAGCAUGAACUUCGUCACAAAACUAGACGGUAUUUAUCAUUGGCUCCAGACAGCUUUGAGUCAGCGUGUGCUUCUGAACUUCGAUUUGAGGAAGGAAGCUGCAUUUGAGUUUCACUUUCAAAGCGUCAUUUCGCUUAACAUUAAGAAAACGCCCUACAAGUAAAUGAACUGGAAAACACAAAGCUUCGAAUACCUUCUUUAUCAGCUCAAUAUUAAAAGUGGAGGUGAAGCUAUAAAAGGAAUUUGAGGUGGUUCCUUCAAUCAAGAAAAUGAGCAACACACCGAGAGAUCUGUCGAAAGAGAAUCUCGUUCAGCUUCAGUGUCACUUCACGUGGGCCCCGCAGAAGGAAACCAUUGACCUGGAAGAUAUGAUGUACAGAUUACAAGAUUCUAUUGAUAUGAAUUUGAAGUAUAAAGCUCACUCCUGCAACCAACUCGCUUUUGUAAACUGCCUGAAGGGCAACUAUGAAGAAGCAAUUCAAAACUUAAAGGAAGCUGAAAAGAUUCUGAGGGAGGACAACAAAGAUGAAUUUGAAAGAAGAAGCAUCAUCACCUAUGGAAACUUUGCCUGGGUGCAUUACCACAUGGGACAACUGACCGAGGUCCAGUCCUAUCUCGACAAGCUGGAGAUGAUCUGUAAACCGCUCAGUGAUGGCCCUCGCUAUACAGCAAUGAUACCCGAGGUGUACGGGGAGAAGGGAUGGUCACUGUUAAGAUCUACAGCUCGAUAUUAUGAGGAGGCAAAGGAAUGCUUUGAGAAGGCUCUGGAAGAAGAUCCUGAUAAUGUGCAAUGGAACAUGGGAUAUGCCACUGUACUGUUUCGGUUGGAAGCAAUUUCUGGAACCAAAGAGAAUCGUGAACAGAGUCAGUCAGUGAAGCAUCUGCGUCGUGUGUUAGAGCUUGAUCCCGAUGACUCACUGGCCAUGGUUCUGUUGGCUCUAAAACUUCAGGAGCUGAAGAAAAAGAAAGAAGCAAAUGAAUUAGUUGAACAAGCAUUGCAGAAAACCUCUGAUUAUCCAAAAGUGCUUCGCAAUGCUGCAAAAUUUUAUCGAAAAGAAAAAGAUGUGGAAAAAGCAAUCAUGUUGUUGAAGAAAGCAUUAGAAAUUUCCCCACAUUCUAGCGUUCUGCAUGACCAAAUAGGCAUGUGUUACAGAAUCAAACUACUUGAAUUAAUUGCCAAUCCUCUGAGCAAGGAUCCUCAGAACCCAGAAUUCCAACAAAAAGCAGAUUUGUUCAAUCAAUGCAAAUAUCACUUUGGAAAGGCAUUUGAGCACCGUCCAAAGACAGCUGUUAAAUCACAAAGGGAUCUUGCAGACAUCUGUGUUAGAAAUGGAGAGUAUUCCAAAGCAGACGAGAUCUACAGUAAUCUGCUAAAAUUAGAUGACACCCGCCCAGAAAAUAUGCAGACAAUAAAUUUAGACGCUGGUUUAUUUUAUCUGUUCCGGAGGAAAUCUGAAGAUGAAGGUAUCACAUUGCUAAAGAAAGCAUUGAAGAUUGAAAUUCACACAAAGGUAUGGAAAAGAGCUUAUGAGCAUUUGGAGAAAUGGGCAAAUAAGAAACUUUAUAGCAAUCCACAUGACAGCAUGGCCCUUGGUGCCAAAGGGCUACUGCAUCAACUGGUUCACAACAAGUCCAAAGCUACUGAAUGUUAUGAAGAAGCCUUGCAGUUUGAUCCUGGCAAUGAAGAAUAUCUCAGUGCUCUUUGUCAACUACGCCUUACCCUGGAGGACCAUAAUGAUGUUUGAAAGGCGAAAUGAUUUUACUGGAUUGGAGGACAGAUUUGUAAGAUUUCGUACUAAAUAUAUUCUGUUUAUGAAUGAGGGUUUUACUUGUGAAUGUUAGUUUAAAGAACAAUGUUACUGUAACCAUAGCUAAUCACUGUGUUUAUUACAAAGAGAGUGACACUUCUAGUCCUGUGAACAAAUCAAGAUUAGUUCAUUUCUUUGGACAUUCAUUUUAAUCUGGAGAGAAAGUUGAAUUUAUAAAAUUACAACCAACACAUCCAAAUGAAAAAUCCUGACAAGUUUCCUCUUCAAAUUGUUUAAUGCAUUGUUCCAAUAUAGUCACUGUUGUUCAAAGGCUCAUUUGUAAGAUUAUUAAUAAUCAUUUUCUAAUUGACCAAAAUGAGACUGUAAAUAGAUCUGCGUAUAACUCAUUUCUCAACAUAAUGAUUUCAAAAAGGAACUUGUACACUUACAAUGAAUUCAUCACCCAAUUUAACAGAAAAUUUGAUUUGCCCAGUCUAGACGUGUUAAAGUCACCUUUGAUUACAAUCAAAGGACUCCCCUACUUUCUUGACCUCUGAUUUGGUCUCUGAUUAAUUCUGUGACUCCAUCACUUGUUUGAAAAGCUCAAUGGAAGCAUGGUGUCUGAUAAGGGAGAGUCAACGAGGCUCUGUGCAUGAUAAGCCAGAUCUAACCGAUCUUGUAGAGUUUCUCCAGGAAGUUACCAGCAAAGUUGAUAAAAGCAAGGUAGUGGAUGUUGUCUACAUUUGACAACACCUUGAGUGGAAGGGUGAUCAAAGAUGUUCAGUCACUUGGUAAUCAAGAUGAGGUCGUAAGUGAGAUUAGAAGUUGGCUGUGCAGAAGCCAGAGAUUAGUUGCAGAUGUUUGUCUCUCUGACUGAAGGCCUGUGAUAAGAGUUGUGCUGCAGGGAUUGGUGUUGGGUCUGUUGUUAUUGUCAUCUCUAUCAACAAUCUGGAUGAUAAUGUGGUUUACUGGUUCAGCAAAUUUGCAAAUGACAGCAAAAUUUGACAUGGAGUGGGAGCGAGGAAGAUUAGGAAUCUCAACCAGCUGGAAAAAUGGGCUGACAAAAGGCAGAUGGAAUAUAAUGCAGAUAAGUGUGAGGUGUUGCACUUUGGGAUGCCAACCAUGGCAGGUCUUAUAGGGAGAGCGAUAGGCACUGAAGUGUAUGGCAGAACAGACUGAUCUGGAAAUAUGGAUCCAUAUUCCUUGCAAGUGGUGUUACAGGUAAAUAGCGUUAUAACAAAAACUUUCGGCCCAUGGACCUUCAUAAAUCAAUGUACUGAGUAGAGAAGUUGGAAUGUUAUUUGAGGGUGUAUGAGAUUUUGGUGGGGCCUAAUUUGGAGCAUUGUGUCUAGUUUUGAUGAGCUGCCUACAGGAAAGAUGACAAUAAGAUUGGUAGAACGCAGAGAAAAUUUAGAAGGAUGUUGUGGGACUUCUGGACCUGAGUUAUGGGGAAAGGUUGAAUAGCUUGGGACUUUAUUUCCUCCAUCGCAGAAGACUGAGAAGAUUUGAUAGAGGUAUACAACAUUAUGAGGGGUAUAGACAGGGUAAAUACAAGCAAGAGCUUCCACUGAGAUUAGGUAAGACUACAACUAGAUGUCAUGGGUGAAAGGUGAAUCGUGGAAUGUGAAAGGGGACAUGUGAAACGACAAAGGGAACAUGAGGGGUAUCUCUUCAUUCAGAUGUUGGUGGGAGCAUGGAAGGAGCUGCCUGCACAAGUGGUCAGUUUCAACAUUUAAGAGAAACCUUGAUAGGAGCAGGAAUGGGGUGGGUCAGCAGGCUAUGGUCUGCUUGCAGGUCGAUGGGACUAGGCAGAUUAAUGUUUCGGCACACGCUAAGUUCAUGUUUCUGUGCUGUAGUGUUCUAUGACUCUAUCCUUCAGGAACUGGUUGACACCGGAUCAAUUGCCUCAUGCCAGAAAUUCAUAUAAAUUGUUGUGAAUUAUCUGAACCUUCAGCCACAAUAUCUCCCAGUUUGUUCUUUCUUUUCAAAUCUUUUUAUUAUUAUUAUUCAAAAAUAGCACAAGUACAUUGAAGUAACAACACUUACAAUGCCUCAUAAAAGAGGAAAUUGUCUUAUGGAUUGAAAAUUGUGUGAAUAAAAAAACCUACUAAGCAAGAAAAGUGAGGGAACAAAAAAGCUUGUUAUUUGACGCUUUGCCCUGCUUUAAGCUCCCUUUAUGUUGGAUGUUGUUGUUAUCUUCCAUUUCUGCUGUUCUAACUUCUUCUUACUCUUUUGUUUUCCCAUGGCUGAGUUCCCUUCACUGCUCCUAUAUCUCUGGAAAAUUACAAACAUGAGAAAAUCUGCAAAUAUUGGAAAUACAAGGAACACGCACACAAAAUGCUGAUGGAACUCAGCAGGCCAAGCAGCAUCUAUGGAAAGAGUAAAAUGUCAAAGUUUUGGGCCAAGACCCUUCAUCAGGAGUGGGAAAAAAGAUUAAAAAAUCAGAGUAAGAAGGAAGAAGUACAAGUAUAGAUUUAUUAAUCCACACCUUCACGUAUUCACCAAGGCCACUUACAAAAGUCACAAAGAGCAUUGGUCCCAGAAUAUCGAUCAAACUUUCUUAGAUCCCAUUCAGCAUGUCGUAGUGGAUGAGCCAACCAUUGGGAACCAUGACGGGUGCAAUCCUCUCUUCCGCAGUGCUUAGUUCUGACUAAACUUUUCUGAGGACCUGUAAUCUCAAAAGAAGAGUGUAGAAGAAGUGUCUGCUCCAGAGGGAGUUUAGUGCAGUGGAUUCCUGACACGUACUUACCUACUUUUAGUCGUCCUUACCAGCACUAUUUUGCUCUGCCGGCUCACACUUAAACCGCAAUGUGGUCUCCACUCUGAACGGGCCACACACUAAUUUCCCAGUCUCCUGAAGGCACCACACCUACGGACCAGGCUCAAAAAAUACACAGCUCGAGCUGCUGCGGGUGGUGGCACCUUCUGCACAUGGGAUUUUCUGGAACAGUGCAAGCUGACAUGAUCUCCCACAGGACGCAGAAAGUGACAACCCACCCACCUGCCUCCUCCUCACUGAUAUAAAUAACACUGUCAGAUAAGGCACCACUGAUUUCCCUGACGCCCCAAAGCUGCAAUCUUGAAAAAGCUGAGAGACUCACACAGACCCAACACACAGAAACCCCCCUUACCUGCACUAAAGAUCACAGUCCAGAAUCUAUGCUCUGAUUUAUGAAUGUCGUUUUAUAUAUACGCAAGCUGUACAAGGUAAGUGAGUUAAAAUUUCUUUUUAGAGGGUUAGUUUUCUAAUAAGCUUCCCAAAUACAUUUAGUCAAUGGGAACAGAGGAAUCCUCCCCGAUGGUUCAUUCACCAGCUCAACUACCACAGAAAGCUCCAACCAAAUAUCUCAGCUCUACACAGAUAUCUCUUAAAAGUUACUUGAUUUGAUGAUUAAACUUGAAAUCACCCUAACAUUGACUAUAUGCUCCUGACUCAUCAGAGCCUGCACUCUGAAGACCACUGUACACAUUUCAACUAACAGGCUACCAGAGAUGAACCCACGUAGUAGGAACCCUUUGCGGCUCUGAGGCAAUCAAAGCUAUAAUGUUUCAGCUAUCCUUCUCGAAGUCUUACCAAAUGCAGACUGCAACGAUAAAAGACAAUUGAAACUUAAACUAGCUUUACAAGGAUACUAAGUGGUAUAAUAAUGUUAUAAUACGGAUGCUAACAAUCUCAAGAGUUGGCAUAAACAUUCAAAUUAGCAUAUUUUAAAGUAUCUCAGUGUAUUUAAUGUACUUCAGCACUCAAUAAAAAAUAUUAAUUAAUCAGACUGCUCCUCUGGUUCUUCCUUGACUAAACUGACCAAAGACAAAGCAUGAAUACGUAACAAUAUUCUUCACUUCUACCACGCCAUGACCAAUGUGACAAAUUACAUAUAAUAAAAGCAGACCACAAAAUACAAUACAGACAA